AUGUCGACCACCUCCAGGCUGAUGUUUAUUACCGCCGGAGCCGGACUAGCUUUCGCUCGGGCGGCGGCAGCAGCGGCGGCGGAGCGUCCCUUCAAGCGGCUGUACCUGAGCCGGAGACUCCGGUCCUCGACCCCCGCUGAACAUGACCCGGCACGGGCGGCGCGUCCCGGACAGCCGGGGAAAGACGGGGCCCUCUCCGUAGACUUCGAGCAGACCCAGAGGGCACAUAAGAGCAAAGACUCACUAGAGCUGCUCAGAAGUUUGGUGGUUUUCAAACUCUGCUCCUAUGACAUCCUGGUUGAGAAGAACACAGAGAUAAUGCCGCUGAUCCAGAAGAACCAGGCCUUCGGCGUUGGCUCCGUCCUGGACUACAGCGUGGAGGAAGACCUCAGCCAGGAGGAGGCCGAGGAGAAACAUGCCAUUGAGAAUGGCGUUCGCCUGAUGGUGGAUGCAGAGCAAACCUACUUCCAGCCGGCCAUCAGCAGACUGGCGUUGGAGAUGCAAAGGCUCUACAACAAAGACAAGCCCGUCAUCUUCAACACCUACCAAUGUUAUCUGCAGGACGCCUACGACAACGUCUCCGUGGACGUGGAACUGUCCCGUCGGCAGUGGUGUAUAGGUUGGCACUUUGCUGCAAAGCUGGUGCGUGGGGCCUACAUGUCCCAGGAGCGCGAGAGGGCCAAAGACAUUGGUUACGAGGACCCGAUAAACCCCGAUUACGAGACCACCAAUAUAAUGUACCACAGGUAAGAGGCUGGAUUCUUUUCAACCGCUGGAAUUGAAAGGCUCCGGUUUAGUGUAACUCUCUCUCUCACUCUCACUCUCACUCUCUCUCUCUCUCCCAGAAUGAAUGAGGUCGGUCUCUUCGCCAGAGAGAACAAGGUGUACUUCGGUCAACUCCUGGGCAUGUGUGAUCAGAUCAGCUUCCCGCUGGGCCAGGCCGGCUUCCCCGUCUACAAGUACGUUCCCUAUGGGCCGGUGAGCGAGGUGAUGCCCUACCUGCCUCGGAGAGCCCAGGAGAACCGAGGCUUCAUGAAGAGGGCCGUGAAGGAGAGGCAGCUGCUGUGGGCGGAGCUGAAACGCAGACUCGCCUCCGGGGAGCUCCUCCACAGGCCGGCGCUCUGAAGAGAGAGGAGACGGAGUGUGUGUGUCAACGCGUCCGAUUCUUAGGUUUUAUUUUAUUUAUUU